GGAAAAAUGUGAACCUUUCAACAUUUGUUUGGGGGGGGGGGGGUCGUACGACCUUCCCGACCACCCCCACAACUUGCAUACACCCAUGAGUUCGAUCGUGCUUGAGGUUUUUGGCCAUGAUUUUUCUUUCCAGAUAAUUUAUGCCUUGAGUGCCUGAUAAAAUUUGGUCCUGAUAUCAUCGGUUGUAUCCUUUCCAAAAGCCUGUUUUCUUCUGUAUUGUUUACUAGGCCAUUUCAGAAAUAAAUUACGGGUGAGCUCAUAAAUAUUCUUCGAAUAUCGUUUGAAAAACAUAUGCCAGCUUGUCGUGGUGAAAGUUUUCGCUCAUCACAAGUGCGUGACGAAGCGGUUUAUGCGAAUUCCAAACAAUGCAAGUUAAGUUUGGCACCACAAUAAACAAAAUAAUAAUACAAAAGCCAGUACUGUACUGAUCUGAAGUCACAGUGUGGUAUUUCUGGCGUCACUGGAAACAAUCGUUUAGAUUUCUUUCAACUAGCUAGAUCCUCAAUGCUAGAAGCAACACUAUCUGGCUUUUCUAUGGUUCAGUAGUCUUUGAGAUAGGCCUAGGUCAAACACACCCUACCAGGUUUGAAUUUAACACGUUCAAACCACUUUCAUCGCUUUCGAAAUCAUGGAAAGGACAAAAUUAAUGAGCAAAUACAAACAAGUUGGUAUCAUUAUUGGAUUAUUCAUUAAUGCAGUAUUGGCAUCGGCAGUACUUCGUGUCAUAUUCGGCAUUUUUCAGCCAAUUCUUAUUGACAAUUUCGAAAAUGAUUCGGUGACAAUGGUCGGAACUCUAACGAUAUCUGUGAACGAAAUAUGCGGUAUUGUAGGUGGUGUGAUCGUGGACAAAAUUGGAAAGUCGAGAGCUAUGUUCAUUGGAGGAAUUUUGUGUUUUCUGGGCUUUUUCAUUUCAGCCUUUUCUACGAACAUCUUCCAACUGGCGGUUGGUCAUGGUUUCUUAUUGCCAAUUGGCAUAAUUCUUGCUUACCACGCACGUAUGUUAUGUUUGAACGAGUUUUUCGGAAAUAGAUUCCUUCUAACAUCGAACUUGGUGACUUUAGGAAGCCCAGUAGGCGUGAUGAGUAGUCCAACUUUUGCCGAGAUUUUAAUUCUCUCUUAUGGUUUCCAAGGAGCAUAUCUUAUACUCUCUGGAAUAAUGUUCCACAUAUGUGUAUCGGCAACACUUUGCCGAACUAAGCAUGCAGAUAUAGGAAUACCAACUUAUAACCUCAUCAAUAAUUCAACAGCAGAAGCCGAAAUUCCAAAUGGUUUUUGUGAUACAUGGUUCACUACAGUUUCAGAGUCAAUCAAGUUCUAUGAAUUGAAGGAAACCGGCGGUUACUUCAGCUUCAUCAUUGGUUUUGCGCUAGCUCUGUCAGGAUACUUAACAUCAUUGAUUUAUUUGUCACCGUUUGCAAUCGAAGAAAAUUUUACACCAGAGGUUGCAGCAACUUUUGUUUCAGUUUUAGGUUUUUCUGAUCUCGUUGCAAGGCUAAUGAUCCUAUUUUGUGAUAUGUACUAUACAAUGGAAUGGGCGUUGAUUUCGUUAUUUUUAUACUCUUUAGGAGUAUGUAGUAUUUUAAGCAUACUUGUAUUUAUAUCGCCUACGAAAAUUGUAUUCAUCAUGUAUGCUUUUGGGACAGGCUUCGGAGGGGCUAUUCUAUUGCUUGGGUACCCUGUUAUUGUUCGUAACUUAUGCAAACACAGGAAUCUAGGAGUUGCGAUUGGUUGGGGUUUAACACUUCUUGGAUUGUGCUCACUGAUGGUCGGAUUUAUUUAUAGUUGGUUAUGUAGCUACUUCGGUAAUUAUCGGUUUGGGUUUCUAUGUGGUGCUAUUUUGUACGCAACUGCAUUGUUGAUAAUUUCCUCAUCAAGUUCAUUACGACAAAUGAAUUGUCUUUUGUUUCACUUGAAAACAUGGAUCAAUAGAAGCUUUACAUUAUGGCAGAGUGAAACUUACGAUGAGAAUGCAAUCAAACACUAGCAGGCCAGGAAGUGGUCUGGGGCACAGCACCCUGCCAGAAACUCAUCACCAGAAAGAACCUAGUAAUUUUGUAGCAAAACUCUACUUUGAAGAAGUGUUUUUACAGGAUGCGAGUGCUAUUACAAGGAAUCUCAAAUUUGCUCACUGUGGUGGGUGUGGACCCUCUGUCGUGGACCUGGCACACCUGAUUGAGGAAUCUCUGGAAAUGGCACUGUUUAUGGGGCAAAGGUUAAAACUCUUGCAUUAAGAAAGUGCAGGUCUGCCUCUAAUUAAAGACCUAGUAGAGACCAAAGCUGCAAAGGUCCAAAAGUGUCCUCUAAUUGGAGGGAGACAUAAAGUUUGCUGCUGUCAUAAUUUUGUGAAACAGUAUUACAAUAAAGUUUGUGAAAGUAGAGAAAAAAAAUAUUAAAUUAAUAUACUCAUAAAGACUGCUUUUAGAUAAAUAUUUUUAUUUAGGUGACCUGUUUAUGAAGUAUUUCAACGUUUAAAAUUGGUGAUCCU